UCGCAUUUAUCUGCAAACCUGAACCACGAGACCCUCCUAGGUGGAUAGCCACAUUCAGCGAUUUAUCUUGUCUUCGGAAUCUCAUUUGGUACCGGUGUAGCUCAAGCAUAUCGCCAAAAUGUCUCAAUCAGGAGCGACAGUCUCGCAGGAGUGCAUUACUGCGUACAACGACCUUAAGCUUGCGAAGAAGCACAAGUACGUCAUCUUCAAGCUGUCGGACAACAACCGAGAAAUCGUCGUCGAGGAGGCUUCUUCCGAUAAGGACUGGGAGAACUUCCGCGAGAAGCUCAUCAACGCCACCACCAAGACCAAGAGCGGCGCUGUUAGCAAGGGACCCCGAUACGCUGUCUACGAUUUCGAGUACAACCUCGCUAGUGGAGAAGGAUCGCGAAACAAGAUCACCUUCAUCGCAUGGUCGCCCGAUGAUGCCAACGUCAUGGCUAAGAUGGUGUACGCCUCCUCGAAGGAGGCCCUGAAGCGCUCUCUCACCGGUAUUGCCCACGAACUACAGGCCAACGACCAGGACGACAUCGAAUACGACACAGUACUGAAGGUGGUCAGCAAGGGUCUAGCCGGUUAAGCACCUCCGACCCCUGAAGCCCGAGAGCAACUUGGGGCAAGGUUGCUGAGGAUCAUUACUUGAGGAGGGGCACUCGCGUGCCAAGGAUCCACGACGUCUACGAAGCUGCAGGAUGGACAUAAACUCUCUCCCUGCCAUUACGAUGGAGCAGGGCCGCUUUGGUCGCUAUUUAUUUUUCCUUAGAGGGCGGACAUGAAUUGUCAAG